AUGAGGAGCAUAUUGGAAGAGUCGAUGCUGGAAACGCGCAGCAUGCCUCCCGAAAAUCGACCGCGACUUCCCCGCAUACCCCUUAUCAAGCGAAAUCGGGCUGUCGUGUGGGCUCUUAACCCAAUGCUGGUGACCUAUUUGGAAGCCAGCCGGGACCUUUGCGAGACGGACUCAAUGCUUUUUGGCGCCACACUGGCAGUAUGCCGUAUUAUUGGCGCCAAACUUCCCAUGGCUAGACGUGCUACUCAACAAGGUAGUGCCAUCCCAGCCUGGAGAAAAAGGAUCGAGGACCGUAUCGCAAAGGCAAGGGCCCUUAUCGGCAGACUGACAAGCUUCAGGUCGGGUAAUAAUAGACCGAGAGUUUUGCGCACCGUCAGAAUGGCGUUUGCUGGGACAAAUAUUAGUUUGUCCCAGCCGGAUAUCACGCAGAAACUAACGGAGCGCAUAGAUGACCUGAAGCAAAAAAUCGCUGCUUGGGGGAAGCGGAUUCUACGAUUUAGCGAGAGCUCAAGGCGGUUCAACCAGAAUCGUCUCUAA